GCCCCAGCAGGAAAGUGGUUCCAGGAAGGAAGAAGAGGAAGGGCAUAGGGCAGCAGGGGUGCUUUGUGGGAGUGCCUGGAGGCAGCAGCCUCCCAUCAGCACCCAGGACUGAAGGCAGGACUCAGGGUGGCCGGCCAUCUGUGAGGGGUGGUGAGCUGGUAUCCCACAGGGCGUUGGAGGUCAAAUGAAAAUGAGCAAGUCCCUACUUUGCGGACCUCUCAUUUUAGCUGUUUCCAACCUAGAUGAGGAGAGCAGAUGGACAGUCCACUACACGGCCCCGUGGCACCAGCAGGAGAAUGUGUUCCUCCCCACCACGAGACCGCCCUGCGUGGAGGACCUGCACCGCCAAGCCAAGCUCAACCUCAAAUCAGUGUUGAGGGAAUGUGAUAAACUGAGGCGGGAUGGCUACCGAAGUUCACAGUACUACUCCCAGGGGCCCACCUUUGCGGCCAGUACCAGCGCCCUCUGCGAUGAUUGCCAAGACGAAGAUGAAGAAACAGAUCAAAAGUGUUCUAUUUCUUCAUCAGAAGAGGAAAGACUUAUUUCCAUCAGAAGACCUAAAACGCCAACCUCAGGUGACUUCUCUGACCUUAAUACUCAAACGAACUGGACCAAGUCACUUCCGUUGCCGACGCCAGAGGAGAAGAUGCGACAGCAAGCCCAAACUGUCCAGGCUGACGUGGUUCCCAUUAACAUAACUGGGGAGAAUUUCGAUCGCCAGGCCAGCCUUCGGCGGUCUCUAAUUUACACAGACACUCUGGUAAGACGACCGAAGAAAGUCAAAAGGAGAAAGACUAUUACAGGAGUCCCUGACAACAUACAGAAGGAGCUAGCAUCGGGCACUGGCCAAGAUGAUGUGAGCGGUCACUCAGUGUACUCCCCGGACCGCUACUCUACGCUAGGAAGACUUGACAGCGACCGGGCUGCUGGGCAGCGCUCGGAAACCAGGGACUCCAGCUGUCAGACCGAGGACGUGAAGGUCGUACCGCCUUCAAUGCGAAGAAUCCGGGCACAGAAGGGACAAGGCAUCGCGGCCCAGAUGUGCCACUUCUCCGGCUCCUCUGGGAACAUGUCUGUGCUGAGUGACUCUGCGGGUGUUGUGUUCCCUUCUCGCCUCAACAGUGAUGCUGGUUUCCACAGUCUUCCACGUUCUGGAGCGAGAGGAAGCAUCCAGUCCCUCGAGCCACGGCUGGGGGCCCUGGGCCGUGCAGAAGACCUGGAUGGCGCUUGCCCACGCCAGAGCGGGAACCUCCAAGUAGAUGAAAACCUAGGACCUCUGGGAGGUGCCUUGAAGACUGGAACACUUUUGAGACCCAAGCCCCAGGAGCUGAGGCACUUCGAGAACGUCCUAAGCCCAGCGUGCGUGGUUUCUCCUCAGGCAACCUAUUCCACCAGCGUCAUCCCAAACGCCACGCUCUCUUCCUCUCCGGAGGUCAUUGUUAUUCACGCUGCUCACAGUCCAGGACAGCUGGACGGUAAAAUUACCAGCUCCUCUUCAUACAUGAAGGCAAAAUCCAGAGACCACCUCCUCUCCAGGCACGCUAGUAAAGAGGACCACCAGUGUCACGGCGGUCACUGGACUGAGGGUCAUCCCACCGGUCUUUCACAGGCCUUAGAUCCGCGCCCCCCCAGCGCCAGCAUGCUGUCAUCCCUCUGUGAUUCAGCCGUCUCUCUAAAUACUCCAGCAAGUCGGGAGAAUGGAUCCCAAGCCAUGACCUAUCACUGUAAAAACAACCUGAGCCUUCCAGUCCACACCCAGGAUGUGGAUGGCAAGAGUGAGGCCAGUUAUUCAGGAAGCGGGGGGCAUGGCAGCUUGGAGCCCUGGGAAUUCAGCCCCUCGAGUACCGGGCAGGCAUCCCCACUGAAGGCACACGCGGCAGCUCCUGGUUACUCCACUCCUGGAAGUAACAUGAGCAGCUGCAGUUUGGAUCAAACGUCCACCAAAGAUGAUGCCAGGUCCCUGUAUUCAGAGGAGCAGGAUGGCGACUACGCAUCUAUGCACCCCGACCCGGGGCACGGGUCUGGAACCCUGUGCAAUAGCAGUGAUGGCUUUGGGAACCCCAGGCACAGUGUGGUCAAUGUUUUUGAUGGGAGAGCUCAGAAGAGCCAAGGGGACCGGCCACAUUGCCAUGACAAAUCCCUUUCACGGAACAUCUCUUUGAAGAAAGCGAAGAAGCCACCUCUGCCCCCCUCCCGGACGGACUCCCUGCGCAGGGUUCCCAAGAAGGGCGUCCAGUCCAACGGACAGGCGCUGAACGAGAGCCUGAUCGCCUCGCUCCAGCACUCGCUGCAGCUGAGCCUCCCAGGCAAGGGCGGCAGCUCACCCUCCCAGAGCCCCUGCAGUGACUUUGAGGAGCCCUGGCUGCCCCGCUCCCGCAGCCAGAGCACGGUGAGCGCAGGCAGCAGCAUGACCUCGGCCACCGCCCCCAACGUCUACGCCCUGUGCGGGGCCACGCCGUCGCAGAGCGACACGAGCAGCGUCAAGUCCGAGUACGCGGACCCUUGGGGGUACUACAUUGACUACACCGGCAUGCAGGAAGACUCCGGGGUCCCCGGCGGCGGCGGGGUGCCAGCCGGAGAUGGGCCAGUCCGCCAGGUCCAGGAGGGCCCCAGGGCCGCGAUGCCCCAGGUGCCCAGUGGCUCAGUCAAACCAAAGAUCACCUCACCGGAGAAGUCCCACAGAGUCACUUCUCCGUCCAGUGGGUAUUCCAGCCAGUCGAACACACCAACCGCACUCACCCCUGUGCCUGUGUUUUUAAAAUCCGCGUCACCAGCAAACGGGAAGGGGAAGACCAAGCCCAAGGUGCCAGAGAGGAAGUCCUCGCUGGUAUCUUCAGUGUCCAUCUCCUCGUCGUCCACCUCGCUGUCUUCCAAUACUUCCAUGGAAGGAAGCGGGACAGUGAAGAGGCUGGAUUCGGUGCUGGCCUCUCCCCUUGCUACUGCUCCUCUUCCUCCUCCCCCGCCUUUAGUAGACACCCCGGAGGGCUCUCUGCCUCAGUCUCCCCUCUUCCCCCCUCCACCCCCAGAAGCUCUCACUCCCUUCUGUCCCCCCGCUGGCCUGGGCUUUCCCCCUCCCCCCAGGGCUCUUAGCCCUCUUACUCUGGGUGCCUCGGCUUCCCUGCCGCCUCCCCCUGCUCCCGGACCCUCCUCGGCUCCCCCGCCGGCCCCACCCCUUGACCCCAAGUUGCUGAAAGAUGCCAGGCCUUCUUUCAAAAGAUCUGGCCCGCCGGAAUGCUCCUGGGAGGCCUUUAGGCAGCCUUCUAGCAAGGAGGAGGGCGGUCGACCCCCCAUGCCCCUUAUAACCACUGAAGCACUGCAGAUGGUACAGUUGAGGCCCGUGAAAAAGAACUCAGGAUCGGAGCAAGCACUGUCAUAUGAACAAGUAUCUCAGGAAAAACGAACUCCGGUUGUUCCCCAGUAUCAUUCAAAGCCAUCUGCUUUCCUGAAAUCCCGAAAUAGCAUAAAUGAAAUGGAGAGUGAAAGCCAGACUGCCUCCGUGACAGGCUCGCCGCCGACUCCUGCCAAGAGCCUGAGUCAGGGUCACCAGGACUGUGCGGUCGCGCGUGGCCUCCCGAGCUGCAGCUCGGGCAGUGCCGCGGAGCCGGAGGCCGAGCCCGGCCCCAGGGCCGCCUCGCUGCAGGAGCCCCCCGGCCCUUCCCCCAGCAGGAAGCCACCCCCCAUUUCCAAGAAGCCCAAACUGUUCCUCGUGGUGCCACCUCCGCAGAGAGAUUGCACAGCGGAGCCCGCCGAGAACGUGAGCGGAGCGUCGCCCAGCCCCGCCGGGGGGGAGGCCGCCGAGAGUUGUAGAGCCGGGGCUGGUGCGGAGGACACCGGCCCUGGCGGCGCACUUCUGGAGGGAGGGGCCGUGGCACCCGCGACCCCGGGCACAGUGAGAGCCAAUGUCCCCAUGGUGCAGCCCGAUGCCUUGCCAGCCGCCACGCAGGAGGAGCCAGGUGCCAAGAACAGUGCAGACGGUGGAGGCGACGCGGAGAGCUGCCUGUCUCUACAGGACGGAGGGCCCGGGGUGCCAGAGCCGGACACAGCCGCUGCUCCCUCGGAGUCCUGUGACUGCCUUAGGGAAGAGGGGAGUGAGGAGGUGAUGACCCCUAGCAGACCUCGGACCACAGAAGACCUUUUUGCAGCGAUUCACAGAUCCAAGAGAAAGGUCCUUGGCCGUAAGGAUUCAGAUGAUGAUCACACCCGAAACCAUUCUCCCUCCCCCCCAGUGACCCCCACUGGUGCCGCCCCCAGCCUGGCCUCCCCAAAGCAAGUGGGGUCAAUUCAGAGAAGUGUCCGUAAGAGCAGCACCAGCAGUGACAACUUCAAAGCUCUGUUGCUGAAAAAGGGGAGUCGGUCAGACACCAGUGCCCGCAUGUCUGCAGCGGAGAUGCUGAAGACCACGGACCCUAGAUUCCAGAGAUCAAGGUCAGAGCCUUCACCAGAUGCCCCCGAGAGCCCAUCGAGCUGCUCCGCAAGCAAGAACAGGAGGGCCCAGGAGGAGUGGGCCAAGAACGAAGGCGUGAUGCCUCGGAGUCUGUCCUUUUCCGGCCCCCGGUACGGCCGCAGCCGGACCCCGCCUUCUGCCGCCAGCAGCAGGUACAGCAUGCGGAACCGGAUCCAGAGCAGCCCCAUGACUGUCAUCUCGGAAGGCGAAGGGGAAGCCUUGGAGCCUGUAGACACCCGGGCUCGCCGGGCCCUGGGUGCUGCAAGGGGGUGUUCCCUGGAUGGACUGGUGGGGGGCGAAAUGGACAAGGGCAGCCUGCUCGGUGGCGGGGAACCCGCCGCCUCACCACAGGCACAGGGUCCUGGCCCUGAGGACAGGACAGUUGGUGCAGAAGGCUCUAGUCCAUCAGAACAAUGUGGAGGGCCUCUGGGGGAAGAAUAGGGCCAAGAAUGUGAAUCUCCCAGGUAAUGUGAGGGAGACGCACAGCACAUCGCUCUAGGAAGCCUGAUAGGUACCUUCCCUGCCUUGCCCAUCAAUCCCACUCAGCAUUGUGCUCUGGGCCCGGGCGCUGCCAGUCCCGCAGCAGAAGGGGAGUGUUAUCUAGGACUCCCUUGGCACUCGCCCUAUGGCUAAAAGCAAGUAGAAGCUUAACUUCUGAAAGUGCUUCCUGGGGAAGAUUUUUUUUU